AUGGCACCAUCUGUUCACCAAGUCCUGCCUACCUCGGCCUACUAUGCCCCCGGCGUCCUCUCGACGUCGUCCCGACUCCUUCAUGUGUCGGGCCAGCCGGGCACCAUCGAGGGCACUGCCCCGGCCGAUUACAACUCGCAGAUUCAUCUGGCUCUGGUGAAUCUGCAUCGUGUGAUGGCUGCCGUUGGUGCUACUGUUCGGGAUGUCGUCAAAUUGACCUACUACAUCGUCAACUACGACCCUAACAACCGCCUACACACCCGGCCUCUGCAGACCUGGUUGGCUGGCCAUCGGCCCGCCAUGACCCUCGUUCCUGUUCCUUCGCUGGCCGUCCCCGGCUGGCUGUUUGAGAUUGAAGCCACGGUCGCAGUGCCUGAAUCUAUACCGUCAUCGUUGUCCAUCGCCUCUCCCACUGAAGAAGUGGACGUGCUCGUCAUCGGCGCCGGACUGUCCGGCCUCAUGGCUGCCGAAACGGUCCUCCAGACCGGUCACUCGUGCCUUGUCCUCGAGGGCCGCGACCGCGUGGGCGGAAAGACGUGGUCGUGUCCGCUGCCCAGUGGCGAGGGCGUGAUCGAUCUGGGCGCCGCUUGGAUCAACGACAGCAACCAGAGCAUGAUGGCCGAGCUGGCACGACGAGCUGGCGCGGAUCUGAUCGAGCAGAACACUACAGGCAACUGUCUGCUGCAGCGGGAGGACGGGGCUAUCACGGUCUUUCCCUACGGACAGACUCCUCGCAUCACCGCCCAAAUGCAAUCCGAGAUGGAAGCCAUCCGCGACACCGCCGAGGCCGACUGCCAGGCCGUCGACUGCAGCCGACCCCGCGACGCCAGCCUCGACUCGCUCUCCUUCCUGGCCUAUCUGCAUUCGCGCAAUGCCAGUCCCGCAGCCAUCGCCAACGCGUCCGUCUGGACCCGCGCCAUGCUCGGCCAGGAGCCACAGGAUGUGUCAGCCCUCUACUUCCUCAACUACUGCAAGUCCGGCGGCGGACUGCUCCAGAUGCGGUCGGACCGCAAACACGGCGCACAGUACCUGCGAGUGCGCCAAGGGACACAGAUCUUCGCGAAGACGCUGGCCGCGGCGCUGCCAGAGGGCACGAUCCGGUUCGGGGAGCGGGUCACAGCCAUCACACAGAAGGAGCGCGGAGUGACCCUCGUGGAGUCCAAGGGACGGCUGAUCAAGGCGCACAAGGUGAUCUGCUCGGCACCGACACCAGUGUUGAAGACCAUCCGCUUCGACCCGCCGCUGCCUCCCAAAAAGCAGCUCCUGGUGGACUCGUUCCGCUACGGAUACUAUACCAAGGUGAUGUUGUCAUUCCGGUCCGCGUGGUGGGUGACUCGCGGGUACUGUGGCCUGACGCAGUCGUUCUGCGGCCCGGCGUCCAUCUAUCGCGACACGAGCAGUCCGGCCGAUGGCAAAUGGGUGCUCACGGCGUUUUUGGCGGGUGAUGUUGGACGCAAGUGGUCGGAGUUGGAGAGUCAGCGCGAGCGUGAGCAGGCGUUGCUACGCCAACUGGGCGAGAUCUAUGGCGAGGCGGAUCUCCCGGCACGCGAAUUCAUCGAGGCCAUGGGCCACGAGUGGUCGAAGGAGGAACUGUCGGGCUGGGGAUGCCCGUGUCCGGCCCUGCCUCCAGGCGUGUUGAGCGCGGCGGGCGAUGCGCUGCGGGAACCUUUCCGCGACGUGCAUUUCGUGGGCACCGAAACAGCCGAGGAGUGGAAGGGGUACAUGGAGGGGGCGGCUGUCAAGUGGCUGACGCGAAGCAAUCUGUAA